GUCAACACAACAAUGGCGGAUGCGGUGGAGGAAGCUCUUCAGGGCAGCUGGGACCAGGAUCUAGCCGAGGCUCUGGACUCUGGCUCUGACAUGGAGAUGGAGAGAGGCAUCAUCCAGGUCCUGGAGCAUUCAGCUCAACACAGGGCCAAGAUGUGGAAGAUCGCUCUGAAUGUCUCCGGCAAAGGAGACAGCCUGUCUCCCUGGGACGGUGUCCUCGAUUUACCAGAACAGACUCUCAUUCACAAUCGCAGCCAACAGCUGAUUGACAAGCUGGAGGUGUCAGAGGAGGAGAGGAGCGACAUGGCGUCCGACGUUGAGUCAGUCAUCACGUUCUACUGCAAGUCCCGCAACAUCACCUUCAACCCGGAGCUGAGCUGGCCGCACCUGCUCAAACCGCUGCUGGGGCUCCAGCUUCCCCGCAGUGACCUCUACAACUGCUUCUACGCCAUCAUGAACAAAUACAUCCCCAGGGACUGCGUGCCAAAGGGCCGUCCCUUCCACCUGUACAGACUACUGCUGCAGUACCACGAGCCAGAACUCUGCUCCUUCCUGGACACCAAAAAGAUCACGCCUGACUCCUACGCCAUCAACUGGAUGGGUAGUCUGUUUUCCAGCCACUGCCUUCCCGACGUAACACAGGCCUUGUGGGACAACUACUUCCAGCAGGCGGACCCUUUCUUCAUCUUCUUCCUCAUGCUCAUCAUCCUCGUCAAUGCCAAAGAGAGCAUCCUCACACAAGAAGGAGGCAGCAAAGAGGACAUCAUUAAAAUGCUGGAAGACUCUCCUUCCCUUCUGGAAAGUGAAGACAUUGAUGAUUUGUUUUCUCUGGCGCAGUAUUACCAGAGCAAGACCCCCUUAUCACUCAGAAAGAUGAACCAGAAUCUGUUUGGUAGCAGCCUGGUGGCUCUGAAAGAAGAGGACACAGACCUGAGUCAGGCGCUGUGUCUCCCCGUGUCUGUCCCUGAAAUCCUGCAGGCUAACCAGAUGCAGCAGGACGGGGUACGCUUCUUCGUGGUGGAUUGUCGGCCCGCCGAGCAGUACAACGCUGGUCACCUCUCCACCGCCUUUCACCUGGACUCUGACCUGAUGCUCCAGAACCCCUCAGAGUUCGCUCUCUCGGUCAAGUCGCUCUUAGAGGCACAGAAGCAGUCUUUGGAGUCGGGCUCCAUCGCCAGCGGAGAACAUUUGUGCUUCAUGGGCAGUGGGAGAGAGGAGGAGGACAUGUAUAUGAACAUGGUGUUAGCCCAUUUCCUGCAGAAAAACAAAGAAUACGUCAGCAUUGCUAAAGGAGGUUUCAUGGCCCUCCAGCAGCAUCUGGUAGACAUGAAUGUGGAAGGUCUCGACUCCUCAUACGUACACUGGAUCGUCAGCACGUCGGGAUCUCACAGCAGCCUCAGCUCGGCAGACGGAGAUUCUCUGAGCAGCCCGGGAGACAGUAAAGGCGUCAAGUCUUUGGUCAACAAAAUGACGUUCGCUCUAAAAUCCAAGUCGGUAAACGUCAAGGAGAAGAUGAUCAGCUUCAUUGAGAACACUUCCACCCCCGCAGACCGAAUAUCUUUCAAUCUACCCUGGCCAGAGAAGGUGAUUCCUGAUCGGCAUGUAAGCAGCAGCGACCGCGUCGGCAAACCUUACCGGGGGGUGAAGCCUGUUUUCAGUAUCGGUGAUGAGGAGGAGUACGACACAGAUGAGAUUGACAGCUCAUCCAUGUCAGACGAUGACAGGAAGGAGAUCGUCAACAUUCAGACCUGGAUAAACAAACCGGACGUAAAGCAUCACAUUACAUGCAAUGAGGUGAAAGAAACCGGUCACAUGUUCCCGAGCCACCUGUUAAUCACAGCCACUCACAUGUACUGCCUGCGAGAGAUCGCCUCGAGGAAAGGUUUCGCCUACAUCCAGUCGAGACAAGCGCUAAACUCCGUGGUGAAGAUCACAUCCAAAAAGAAACACCCGGAACUGAUCACGUUCAAGUUUGGCAGCAACAACUCAGCUGGAGUGGAGAUAGUGGCAGUUGAAAGAUAUUUGAUACCCAACGCGGGGGAUGCCACAAAGGUCAUCAAGCAGCAGAUCAUGAAAGUCCUAGAUGCUCUGGAGAGCUCGUAAAGGGAGACGGUGGAGCAGGAGGGGGUGGGGGUCAUGAUUGGGAAUCAUGACGGCCAGCCGUAACACAAACUGUUAGAAGAGUCUGUCUGCCGAGAGUGAAACCUUCUCCCACUCUCUCUCUCUCCUCGGCUGUCCUCCCUCUCCGGACAGAUUCCAGUGCAGUGUUUGACUGUGAAGCCCUGCGUGUCUGCGUUUUGGGGCCACAUGUGGGGGCCACACCGCUGACUGCAGAGCUGCGGGACAGGCCGCGUGUGUGUUGAAAUACUUAGGUGCUCCGCAGUCAUUCAACCAUCCUCUUACACUAAGUUAAAAAAAUGGUUAUGAUGGGUUUUUUUUUUCUUUGCUGUUAAUUUAAAAAAACAUCUUUACAGUGCAAUUCCACCUUGGAAACUUCCCUCUGGCCUUAAACGUAGCGUACUAACCAGUAACUGGACCAGUGGCAAACCUUUUCACUUCAAACAUCUCAACUCUGAACCCUUCUUUUUUGUUUUGUUUUGUAGUGAACAGCGUCGCAUUUCAGUCACUUAAGACUCUUAAUUUCCUUUCUCAUGUGUCGACAGCAGGUUUUUCACGAUCAUUUGUUCUGGUCAGGAAGUGAACAUGAGUCACGUACUGCCGGCUCCCAACAGAAGAUGCACAUCCCCAUAAAAGAAAUAAAAACUAAAGAAAGCAGUGUUGGCACAUGAGGCAGGUUUCCUACCACAACAACUGUUUUUGAUAACUUUUUCUUUUUUUCCAGCAGGCAGCCUUAAAUAGGAAUUAUUUGAGGAUGUUUAUAAAUAUGUAAUGUAUAUAUAUUGUGUAAACUGCUCUAUAUUAUCAGCACAGACCUUUGCAAUGUCAUUUUGAAAGCAUAUCCCGAUGGUGAGAAUAUGCAGCGAAAACUUAACAUAGCUUCUAAAACCAGCUCACAUGGUUUGAAGCUCCUCUCCUCUUCCUUUCUUUCUAGAGCAAGCAGUAAGUACGUUUUACAGAGUUUCUGGGAGAUAAUUUAUUCUCUUUUUCUCUAUUCGCUUUUACAUUUAAGAGUGAUUCAACCUCAUCUCAUAACGGUGUGAUGUAGCUCUCAUAAAGCGUCGUUCACAGCCCCUCUGGACUACAGUAGUAUUACAAAAAAGCGAUUGUAGUUAUCAAGAGCUUGAGCACCUCAGUAUUUAUUUUCCAUCUCAUUCAGAUACAGUAUGUGAGGUUUUUUUCCCCCAAGUUAACUGGAUGAAAAUAUCUGCGAUGAAGACUGCUCUACACAGCUUCCAGAGGAAUGAAAAGAUAAUGUGAUUUAAAUUUUAAAAAAAAGAUAAGUUAUUAUAUAUCCAUGGUUUCUGAUCAGUCUUGUCAGUCGUAUUAAUCAAACUAAGCAGCUUUAGUUGGCUUGCCACUGUUGCCUUCGGCCUCAUGCCUGUGAUGUGUGAUAACUGGCACCAGCAGUGGGCAACGUAUCACAGUAUAUAUUGCUGCUUCUUCGUCUAACCUUUAACUCUUUUUUGGACUUUUUCUCCUCCUUCUGCUUCUCUCGCUUAACUUAUUCUUUCGCAUCGAAGUCUAGUCGCGUAGGCAGCCUGGGUAUAAAUUGUUAAGCAAAGGCUCUGAACUGACAGCUCCAGUUGAAACUUCAGUCCAGAGGGGAGGGGGGUUUAUCCCUUUUUAUCAUCGAAGACAAAUUAAAUGAGGGGGAGAACUCAUCCUGACUAAAUCAUUAAGGCACAUUUAUAAUAAAUAUGGGCAACAAAAACCAAAAAAAAACUUGAAUUAGAGACUCACAAAUCUGGUUUCUCUUUCACUCCAGUGUCUCAUAGCAUUCCUGUGUAACCCAUGCAUCGUGUUGUAAUUUGUAAUUUUGUGACAUAUUUUUCAGUAUUCAACUGACUGGAACAUCCUCGAUUACUCUGUAACAUCACUGGCUAAAGGAUGUCACCACUAGUCGAAAUGCAACAUGUCUCAAGUGUAAUUUGCACCUUACUGUACUGCUAUUAUUUUCUAAACGUUUCUGUUUUUAAUAAAUGGAAAUUACUCAACUGCA